CCGUCUCCGCAGCCGAAUCCCUCGCCUACAUUUCCGAUUUCGUCCCCCUCGCCCUCCCGGUUUCGCCCAAAACCAUCGCCAUUGUGAACGAACCCUCGCAAUACAGUCGCCAUUAGAGCUAGCUGGGAAGGCAACGACGGGAUCGCGGUAAACAGAGACCACCGAAAUUCCCAUUUUUCUCAUCCUCCCGCUCCGCUCCUACCAGAAACCAUUGAGCAAGAAUUUUUGCCAAUUCAACUAGAGAGAACUACAAGUGAAAAUGACAUCUCGAUUUUGGACUCAGGGUGGUGACAGUGAUUCCGAGGAGGAGGAGGACGAGCAAAGCGAGUUUGGUGAUGGCAGUGAUGCUGGGGGUGGUGCCAGUGUGCCCGCAGGGGGUGCUAAUCGUUACCUCCGUGAAAAUGCGAGCGACUCUGAUGAUUCUGAUGGCCAGCACCGGGUCAUCAAAUCGGUGCGUGACAAGCGUUUUGAUGAGAUGGCGGCCACAGUCGAGCAGAUGAAGAACGCCAUGAAGAUCAAUGACUGGGUAAGCCUGCAGGAGAAUUUUGAGAAGAUCAACAAGCAGCUUGAAAAGGUUGUUCGUAUCACUGAGUCUGAGAAAGUACCCAAUAUCUACAUCAAGGCCCUUGUUAUGCUGGAGGAUUUCCUUGCACAAGCUCUGGCCAACAAGGAUGCAAAGAAGAAGAUGAGCAGCAGCAAUGCAAAGGCACUUAAUUCCAUGAAGCAAAAGCUGAAGAAGAACAACAAGCUGUAUGAGGAGCUGAUAACAAAGUACCGGGAGAAGCCUGAAAUUGAAGAUGAGGGUGUGGAGGAUGAGGAAGAGGAGGACGAGGAUGAUUCGGGGUCAGAGGUUGAGGAGGAUCCAUCAAAGAUUGAUAUGUCUGAUAUAGAGGAUGAGGAUGAGGAUGCAGAAGAUGCAGAUGAGCAGACUGAGGGAGAUGGAGCUUGGGAGAAGAAGAUGAGCAGGAAGGAUAAGCUUAUGGACAAGCAUUUCAUGAAGGAUCCAAGUGAGAUUACUUGGGAUGUUGUUGACAAAAAAUUUAAGGAGAUUGUUGCAGCUAGGGGCAGGAAGGGGACUGGAAGGGUUGAGCAAGUUGAACAACUCACUUUCCUGACACGAGUUGCCAAGACCCCUGCUCAGAAGCUUGAGAUUCUUUUUAGUGUGAUAUCAGCACAAUUUGAUGUAAACCCAAGCUUGCUUGGACAUAUGCCAAUCAAUGUGUGGAAAAAAUGUGUUGUGAAUUUACUUCUUGUUUUGGACAUCCUUGAGAAGUAUCCUAAUAUUGUUGUUGAUGACACAAUCGAGCCCGAGGAGCGUGAGACUGAGAAGGGUGUGAACCACAAGGGUACAAUACGUGUAUGGGGUAGCUUGGUUGCUUUUCUUGAGAGGCUGGAUUCAGAAUUUUUUAAGAGCUUGCAGUGUACUGACCCACACACAAGAGAGUAUAUUGAGAGGCUUAGGGACGAACCAUUGUUCUUUGUAGUGGCACAGAAUGUUCAGGAUUAUCUUGAAAAGGUUGGGGAUUUUAAGGCAGCCUCAAAAGUGGCAUUGCGACGGGUUGAACUUGUGUAUUACAAGCCUCAGGAGGUAUAUGAUGCUAUGAGAAAGCUGGCAGAACAAGAUGAGGUUGCUGAUGGUGUUUCUGAGGGAGAUGGAGUUGAUGAGCCCCUAGCAAUUGAGGAACAUAAAGGCCCACCUUCAUUUGUUGUUAUUUCUGAGCUGGUUCCUAGGAGGCCUACAUUUCCAGAAAGCAGCAGGACACUUCUGGAUUCUUUGGUGUCUCUCAUAUAUAAAUAUGGGGAUGAGAGGACUAAGGCUAGGGCAAUGCUUUGUGAUGUUUACAACCAUGCCAUAUUUGAUGAGUUCUAUGUUGCUCGUGAUCUAUUGUUGAUGAGUCACCUGCAAGAAGGAAUUCAACUUAUGGAUAUAUCUUCUCAGAUUUUAUUUAACAGGGUAAUGGCACAACUUGGCCUUUGUGCUUUCCGUGCAGGCUUAAUUUCUGAAGCCCAUGGAUGCCUUUCUGAAUUAUACAGUGGGGGAAGGGUGAAAGAAUUACUUGCUCAAGGAUUUUCACAAAGCCGCUAUCAUGAGAAAACUCCUGAGCAGGAAAAGCUUGAGAGACGUCGUCAGAUGCCCUAUCACAUGCACAUAAACCUUGAACUUCUUGAAGCCACCCACUUGAUCAGUGCCAUGCUUCUCGAGGUCUCCAAUAUGGCUUCUAACAGCCAUGACUUCAAGCGCAAGAUAAUUAGCAAGACAUUCCGUCGGCUCCUUGACGGAAGUGAGAGGCAAACAUUUGUUGGCCCCCCUGAGAAUGUCCGAGACCAUGUCAUGGCUGCCACCAGAGCCCUAAACAAGGGAGAUCACCACAAGGCCUUUGAUGUUAUCAAAUCUCUUGACAUUUGGAAGCUCCUUAGAAACCGGGAGGCUGUGCUCGACAUGCUUAGCACAAAGAUCAAGGAGGAGGCUCUUCGAACCUACCUGUUUACUUACUCCUCGUGUUAUAAUUCUCUCAAUCUUGAACGAGUUACCGCAUUAUUCGGUCUUUCUGAUGCCAGUGCGCACAGCAUUAUUAGCAAGAUGAUGGCGACAGAGGAGCUUCAUGCAAGUUGGGAUCAACCAACCAAGUGUAUUGUGUUCCAUAAAGUUGAGCAAACAAGGCUGCAUGGUCUCUUGUCCCAGAUGGCUGAUAAACUUGGCAUCCUUGCUGAAAUGAAUGAAAAAGCUUUUGAGGUUAGGACUGGUGGUGGCCUUGAUGGACUGCCACCACGACGGAGGGGCGAGGGACAUGACCUUGCUGGCUCGGCAGUUUCUGGUAGAUGGCAGGAAAAUUUCCUCUCUGCAUCUCAAGGAAGAAGCCGAGCUGGCUCCAGGGCUGUGGGACAAAUGGCAGUAGGGUUUCCCAAAGAAAAGGGUGUUGGUGGUUAUUCUAACUCAAGGUACCAGGAUGCUAAUGGCAGUAAUAGUGGAGGGAGGACAGCAUACCAGAGCAGCUCAUCUGCACGAGGAUCACAGAUUGAUGGUGCUGGGCGCCUGGUCAGCCUCAAUAAGGUUGGUAGAAUUUAUUAGAUUUUAGAAAGUUCAAUGGUGGUGGAGACCAGCUGGCUGGCUGGCUGGCUUGAGAUUUUUCAGAGUGAUUUGUGUCCUCAGCCUCCUCUAUAUUUAUUCGUAUAAUCUUUGUAUUUCUCUGUUGCUCUCUAUAUUUUUUUUGCUUCUUAAUUGAAAUUAAUUGUAUCUGGACAUUAUCGUUUAUGUGAUUUGACGCCCUUUGCUAGAACAGAGCUUAUAUUCUGAGGACUUAGAAAUUACUACUAGGCUUUU